AUGUGUCAACUUCCCCGUUUGAGUUUCCUGGAUACCGUCGAGCUGUCUGCGCGCAACAAACACAUAGCGGAGGCCACUAUGAUCAAGAAGAAAAUGUACUAUAACAUGCGGAUUAAGGCGAUAAAGCGCGAUGUGCACGGAAGGAUUCGCCAUGCCGAGACGAUCCGCAACCAGGCUGAGCAUCACAUGGAAACGAGCGUGUCGGCUCUGGUGCGACAUAAGAAGGAAAUUGAGAGGUUUUUGAAGAAGCUGGAGUGUGUGAGCUCGUGUCUGCAAGACCGCUACAGCGCAGUGUAUCGCAUGAAUCAAGACUUUGAGCGCUUAAGGACAAGUUUGAGGUGUACUUCCGAGAUGAACAUUGCGCGUCUAAUGCUGGAGCUGGAGACCGGCGGCAACAUUCGACUCGAGGACGGUAAACCGUCGGAUGCGUGGUUCGGAUCUUGUGUCGAGCUCGUGCGAUCGCGAAUAUUCCUACCAGAGCUGCAGAAACUUGGGAUAAACGACAUCCAAAUCAAUCGAGUCACGAGGAUAAACAACAGAUUUUUACGGAAUAGAUUCCAGGCAAGAAUGGAGGAGGUUCUCAUUGCUCCAGACAGAAAGGUCAAGGAUAACGUAUCGAAAAAGGGGGUGACAGUACCGAACGAAGAUGUUGACGUUGAACGAGAGAGCGUAAAAUCAAGAGAACGCAACGUCGGAACACCGCAAGAGCCAGGUAAACGUGGUAACCAGCCGCAGAAUCCGUGUCCCGGUUCAACACUGGAAACAUCGAUGGAAUAUCUGUUUUACGCUCAGUCCCCACUGCUAGAAGAUCAUCAGUUGCGUAGUCCUGCCGACACCGAGCAACUAUUUAUCGCAGAGAACGGCUUCCGUGGAUUUUCAGGACUUGGAACGACGGACUUUGGUGCCGCCAUUAAACUCUCCAACUCAAUUGCCCUGCUAGACGCGCCACGUGUUACGGCAGCGCUUGUCGCUAAAGGACAACAAGCUGUGUCGAGCGUGGAUACCGCACCUUCUCAGCAAAAAAUGAACCAGGACAUGAAGCGAGCGGUGCAACUUGCAGUGUCCGGUGACUGGGAUUUACCCUGUGGCGUGUUACUCGUAGCGAAAGUUUUUCCCGGGUACACAAAAUGUAUCAGCAAUGCUGACGUUGCACUUGCAAAGGCUACGGCUGGUUCUACGUUGGGGAAGGCUCAAGAUUUCACGGGGGUUCAGAGCUUGCAGGUGAUGCAUGGAGGUGCUGCGACUACAACCGCAGGUGGAGAAGCUGCCACCAACAAGCAAAAGUUGUACUAUGUGUUUGACAGUGCGCUGGUUUUACCGGAAUAUUUCGUGGAGUAUCACAAUGAAGAAGACGCGGUCAACCUCGGAGUUGCAGCCAAACUGGUGGAUGAUUUCGAACGCAAGUACCGUAUCCGGCGCUCACAAAGCCCUCAACCCGCUGAGAACAGCGCAUAUUCGAGUACUGAUGAAAGCGUGAUGCGCUUACUUCAAAUGGAGCCAUUGGUGCCUGGAUCAAUUGCAUCGAAGGACUCGCCAAUCGUAUCAACACGACUACAAGUGACUGCAGCAAGUCGCAUUAAGUAUUUGAGCUUACUGGGGUGCGAGCUCGAGACAAUACCAGAUAUGUCACCUCUGAAAGAUCAUCUGGAAGUGCUGGUGCUAAGUUACAAUAAGAUCCAAGGCAUCUGCAAUAACCUCGAGAGUCUUUCAACUCUGCGAGUUCUCGACUUGUCCUACAACCACAUUGCACGUAUUGGCCACCUCGAACAUCUCUACAGCUUGACGACGUUGGAAAUCACGCACAAUUUAAUCCGAUCUUUCGAUGACGUGGAGUGUAUCGGGAAAGCUUUGGGAAAGCGGUCACUCAAGCGGCUUGACCUCCGAAAGAACAGCAUUUGUGACUCCAAACGAUACAGAUUUCAUGUGCUGCAGUAUUUACCAGAUCUCGCGCAACUUGAUCAACAAACUGUGCUACAAGAAGAGAUCACCAUUGCUCAACGGUUGAUCACCCAGCUAUCCCCCUCAAAAGUGUGGGCUCUUCAUUGCCAGAAGACUCGGUGCACUGUCCCGCUGUCUUCAACUGAAGCUGUCGACCUUCCGCCAUCGGAUCGCCACCCCGAGUCUGACGACGAAGUCGACUCCAAUUCGACCAAAGCUGAGUGGAGCUCAGUGGAGGAGCUUGUCUUGAAUCACGAGUUGCUUGGGUCAAUAGAAGGACUGAGUAAGGCUGUGAAUCUGCGGAUAGCAUCGUUCUCGGACAACGCCAUCAAACGGAUAGGUGGUUUGCAAGCGUGCACGAGGCUGGAAGAGUUAUGCUUGGACGACAACGAGAUCACUCAGAUCGAGAACCUGGAGCAGCUCUCCUUUCUCAAGAAGCUGCACCUUGGUCGGAAUCGCUUGACUGUUAUUCAGCACUUGGACUCGCUGGAGAAUCUCAUCCAACUCUCGCUAGAAGAAAACCAAAUCUCCAGCUUGAGAGGUCUGGGUUCAGCGCUGAAGCUCAUGGAACUUUACUUGGGGAACAACCAGAUUGAGAACUUGAAAGAGGUCCAGCAUCUAAAGUCGCUACCGAAGCUGACCAUCCUCGAUCUGUCAGGUAACGAGAUCACGCGACUUCCUGACUAUCGUUUGUACACUGUCUACUACCUCCGACGAGUUAAGGUUUUGGACGGAGUAAGUGUCUCGACGCAAGACCAGAGCAACGCGAAGCAGAAAUACAGCGGGAAAUUAACGUUUGAGUUCAUCCUGGAGAAAUGUGGCGGAGGUAACGCUACGCCGAGUGGAUCUGGAGCGGAAAAUCAGUUUGGUCGGAUUACCGACAUGGAUUUAUCUUCGUGCCGCAUCCGCGAGAUCGGAUCAAUCCCAGGAGAUGUCUUCUCGAAUGUCCGUGAGAUUAAUCUCGAGAACAAUCAGAUCAUCGACAUCUCUGGCCUCGAGGCGCUGCCAAAGCUCCGUGUGCUGAAUCUCAAUCGCAAUCGAAUUGAGAAGCUCAUGCCUUCCAGUCAGUCGAAUGAUUACACGCUGCCGGAUACUUGUGACGGCGGAGGAAAGGGAAUCCUGGCGUGCCUAAAUCUCGAGCAAUUGCAUCUGGCCUACAAUCAAAUCACCGACAUGACGACGCUAGGACUUCAGUUCUUGGAUUCCCUAAAGGUUCUUCACCUUCAGGGAAACGCAAUCGUGUUCUUAGCUGGGUUAGAAUGCAAUACUGAGCUCGUCGACAUUCGUCUGGACAAGAACCGCAUUCGACAGCUUGACCCGCACUCGACCCUCGCUCUGCGGCAGCUGAAGUUCCUGAACCUUGAAGACAACGGCUUGAAAUCGCUCUCCAAUUUCAACAACAUGCUCAGUCUGGAGGUUGGUUUGGAGGAGGUGGAAAAGCUGGCGUCAUUGCCCUCAAUCGUCGACUUACGCCUCAACAACAACCCCCUAACCAAGAAGCAUCUCUAUCGACAGCACGUGCUGUACAAGCUCAACUCGCUCAAGGUUCUAGACGGCAAGGACGUUUACAGCGACGAGAAAGAACGCAUCGAUAUCCUUUUCCUCCACGAACGUGCUGCCGCUGCCGCUUCUGGAACAAUUUCAAAUGCCCCUGAAAGAGUCAUAGAAAACAGAGCUGUGUACCAGACUCAGCUGAUCUUGACGCCAUCGAGUAUCCCGACCAAGGGUUCAUCAUCUGUGGGGAUCUCCCAACCUCUGGGUAUCCCACACAACGAGGUACUGUCCGGUUCUUUGCUUCGAAAGACACCGACAGCUCCCCUUCAAGUACCGACACCGCCGCCAAUCUUGUCUCCACCGACUUUUCCUCUGCCCGAACACGAAGUGGAUCUCUCGAUUGCUAUCGCUCCAUCCAACACAACCACUCGGUCGCUGUUGGCACCCACACACAAUUCCUACCGCAAUCUCACCUCGUUAGGAAGUCAGUCCAGUUGGCAGCAGCUAUACGUGGGCAGUAGUUUACGCAGACGACUGUCGAGCGUGCACUACGACCAGCAGCAGAUUCCCUCACCUUCAUUGCAGGUGAACGGAAGUUUCAACGGACCGGACACCAAGCUUCCUGUUGGUAUCAUUUCAUCGCAAGCAGUGGUCCGAGGUCCGUCUGCAGCGAUAAGAAGGGCAGGCUUCAACAUGCAACCAACAUCGACCGAGCCGCAAUCCAAAGCAGGAACUCAAGUGUCAUCAGAUCAUGUGUUCCCCUCCAGCACAAUCCCCUCUGCCAACGACGGCAACAACAGUGGCAGGAGUUUUGCGGGUUAUGUGGUGACCUACGGCAACCAAAAGCGGUACUCGAACUACCCAGGCGUACAACAGGAAACCACCAUCCCGUACCUGUCCACAAAGCUGCAGCAGCAAACUCGGAGAAGCAGCGAUAGACGAUGA